AUGGAACCACCCAAGAUUGAAGAGUAUGAACAACAAUAUCAACAAGGUUUGAAAGAAUUUCAAUCACGUUUCCCUAAUACAAUUCAGAUCAAUGAAAUUUCUCUUAUCGAUUCCUUCAAAGCUUACAUAGUUCUUCGUACAAAUCGAAUCAUACAUGACAUCCUGAAUAAAAUAGCUCAUUUUCGUGAAAUCAUUGCACAACGUUAUCAACGUUCGUCAUCUACGAAGAAAAUGGUCGGUGUAUCUCCCGAAGUAACAAUUGAUGUUCUUCAUUGUCCUUUGAAAGCUGAUGAAUUGUCUUAUUUAUCUCUAGGUGAAAGUUAUAUACGACCAAAUCAAAGUGCUCUUCGUCGAGAAGAACAUCGAGAAACACAAAUAAAAAAUGAAGUUGAAGAUAUCAGAGAAAAAGUCCAUCGUCAAAUAAAGAACUACUGCAAGAGAGAACCACCAAAGGCAAUGAUGGAUCAUUAUUGUGAAUUGAUUGGAAACCGAUUACGUCAACGUUUUAUGGCUCCAUUAUCCUAUGUCGAUUUCAUGCGUGCUCAACGAGAAUUCAGAUUAGUCAAAUCUAUUCGGCGAAAAGCACGAAAAGCAAAACUUAUUAUACGUGUAUGUGAUAAAGGAGGUGGUCUACAUAUUGGUAGUAAAAGUGAUUAUGAAAGAAAAGCAGCUAAAUAUCGAGAAGAUACAAAAGCCUAUCAAGAAUUAUCUUACAAUCCAUUGAAGGAAAUGAUAACGAAUGUGACAAAUGCACUUAAUGUUAUGAAACAAAAUAAAGAACUGACAAACUAUAAUUAUAGUCGUUUGGUACCCAAUCCAGAACACGUCAAAUUAUCUUACAAGUAUUACAAUCCGAAGCCACAUAAGAAAGGAACACCAUUACGACCUAUCAUGAAUACAAUUAAAGCAGUAACAAGACCUAUUUCUGAUUUCUUAGAUGAACUGAUCCGACCUAUCUAUGACGAAUAUAAUAAAGACAAUACGUUUACCGAUGGUGUUGAUCUCAUCAAGUGUCUUGAAAACUAUGCAGCUAAUGGUCAUCUUAAACCAGAGACUCUUUUCUGUACCUUUGAUAUCAAUAAUUUGUAUACAAUGUUACCACAAGAUGAAGCCAUACGAAUUCUAGGUGAUUUUCUUCGUCAACAUGUCGGUGAAAGAGUCAAAGGUGUCUCUAUAGCGACUAUUCAAAAAUUAGCCGAACUUGUCUUGAAAGAAAACGCUUUUAUAUCUGAUAAUAAAUUUUAUAAGCAAAUUAUUGGUGGUGCUAUGGGUUCACCAUUUACUUUAACUUUAGCUAAUAUUUUUAUGUGGCAUUGGGAAAAACGUUGGGUUCGACGACAACAAAGCAAAAAAGAAAUUUAUGGCCGAUAUAUUGAUGAUGUCUUCUUUACUUCGAACGAACCUAUAGAAACAAUUCAACAACUAUUAAAAGAUGCCAAUGGGUGGCAUCCUAACAUCAAAUUGGAAUGGAAUAUUGGUCAUAGUGUACCAUUUCUCGAUGUUCUCGUGAGCAAAAACAAUGGAAUUCUUUAUACUUCUGUUUACCAUAAACCAUCAGCCGAACCAUAUGUAGUUCCAUUCAUCUCUGAUCAUCCUCGAUAUACGUUUUCAAACAUUAUACAAACGGCUCUUGUUCGAGCUAUUCGAUAUUCAUCGACAUUUGCAGCAUUUAACAUAGAACGACGUGCUAUACGACUCAUGUUAUUAUGUAAUGGCUAUCCAUCUACUUAUAUUGACCAACAAUUCCGAAAAGUCUUCGGCAAUUCUAUUUCAUCUACUUCGAUCCUACCAUUAAUUGAUAAUGAAGGACAAUUUUCCGAAUUACGCAACAAACUCAUGGGUCAAACAACAUCUCGAUAA